GCUAGCCCCGAGUGAUUUCAGUUAUUGCCAGCUCAACAUAUAGACAACUCCAACAGAUGUUAAGGCAGUCAAAGCCUUAGAAAAUUGUGUGAAAAUAAACGGGCAUCAGUGCAGUUCGAAGUUUUAUAAAAACAAAAUAGAAAAUUAGUAAAUAUACGUCAAGAUCUCACAGAAUGCGAGAAUAUUUUUGGAUAGCGCUGCUGGCGCUUGGUUUGGCCGAAAUAUCUGCAAUGGGGGGCAACCACCUGCCAGAAGCUGCCUUAAACCUCAAUGAACGUUUCUUUGAUGAGGUCAGGGAGCUCAUCAAGCGACGCAUGGAGGCCAAACCGUUGCCUUUGGCGGGCGAUGAAGUGGCGCUGCAGAAUCAACGCAGCUAUGACAAUGUGCCCAUACCUGCAGCUAGUGUGCCCGUUCCCGUGCUUGUUGAGAAUUGGCCCACAGAUCAGCACAGUUUUGGCCAAGUCACAGCAGUUUCUGUAGACCCAGAAGGCAAUCCUGUGAUUUUUCAUCGCGCUGACCGCUAUUGGGAUGUUAACACUUUCAAUGAGAGCAACAUCUACUACCUGAUUGAGUAUGGACCCAUUAAGGAGAAAACUAUUUAUGUGUUGGAUCCAAAGACGGGCGCCAUUAAAACUGGUUGGGGCUCGGAAAUGUUUUAUAUGCCACACGGUAUGACUAUAGAUGGACAUGGAAAUUACUGGAUAACCGAUGUGGCCAUGCAUCAAGCUUUCAAGUUCCGACCCUUUGAGAGCAAGCCGCAGCUUGUCAUAGGCAAGCGCUUCCGACCCGGUUCAUCUGUCAAGCACCUGUGCAAGCCCACUUCUAUAGCCGUAGCCACAACAGGCGAGUUCUUUAUAGCGGAUGGCUACUGUAAUAGUCGCAUACUCAAAUUCAAUGCAGCUGGCAAACUACUGCGCAGCAUUCCGCAGCCACCUGAAUUCCUCUCGUUGCAGGUGCCACAUGCAAUUACCCUAUUGGAACACCUGGACUUACUGUGCAUUGCGGAUCGUGAGAAUAUGCGUGUUGUGUGCCCCAAAGCUGGCCUUAAGUCAUCGCAUGGUGAGGGUCAACCGGCAGCCACCAUUCAGGAACCGGAUCUGGGUCGAGUCUUUGGUGUCAGUGGCUAUGGCGACAUUGUCUUUGCUGUGAAUGGGCCCACCUCGAUGCUACCUGUACGUGGCUUCACCAUAGAUCCACGUUCCGAGACAAUUAUUGGGCAUUGGGGCGAGUUCAAGAAUCCUCACUCGAUAGCCGUCAGCGUGAAUGGAUCGGCGCUCUAUGUGACGGAGACGGGCACCAAUCACCAGACGAAUCGCGUCUGGAAAUAUGUUUUGGCUUGAGGUAUUAUUCGAUUACCAAGACCCUGGAAGAGCUCGCGACAAGCAGCUAGAACAAAUAUCUGAGAGGCGUAUCGGCAUAUCUCAUAAGAAAAAAGUAAAAUAAUUAUAUAGAACCAAUAUAGUAGAACCUAUAGAGCAACAGUGAAACAGAAUACCAAAACCAAAACCAAAACAAUAGACAGUUUUUGAUAACAAAAAAGAAAUUAAAUUGAAGAAAAACCAAUAGUAGUAAUUUAUUAAUUAUACAAUUUAAGUAUGUAAAUUGCUGGACAAAACAAAUUACCACAACAAAGAUAACCUCAACACUUAUGUUUUGCACUGUAAUCGAGCAAAUGGAAUUACAAAGCAUAUAUAAUAUAUAUAUACAUAACUAACAAAAUAUCUAAUGCGUCAGCCGUGAGAGUUAUCUAAACUAUAAAUUAUAUAAAAAUUAUUAAACACUAUGUAUCAUAUUGUAAUCC